AUGGGGAAGCUCGACCAUGACGGUCAACCCGAAUCAGUUCCACUGACACGCCGACGAUCCUCAUCCUACGCCUCACACACAUCCUCCGAUUCAGGGCUCUCCGUAGCCUCGGCCGCAUUCAUGGAAGCACACAAGGGAGAGCUGAUGGCCGCGGCCGACGAGAGAGACGACCACAACCAGGCACAACCCUACCGCGAUCUAGAAGACGGCGUCGAACCCGGCUCCGAUGAGCCUUUCUUACCGUCCCGUACUAAGAAACAAGGCACAUCGAGUAAUAGCAUGCGCCGUGUGCUCUGGUUACUCGGCUUACUCUGCGUCGGUGGCUGGGUACUCGCUUUCGUUCUCUUCCUCGCUCAUAAACGACCGAACUCCGCUGCCCUUUCCUCGGUCUCGACGGUUAGCAUCCACGAUCCGCACUCCGCGACGGGUGGAACUAGCUAUGGAAGUCCUGUGACUCUUGAACAGGUGUUGAGGGGUCACUGGAUCGCGCAAUCGCAUGCGAUUUCGUGGAUUGCCGGUCCAGAGGGUGAAGAUGGACUCUUGGUUGAGCGUGGAGAGAGUGGAGAGGGAUACCUACGUGUUGAGGAUAUUCGCAACCGUAAUGGAAGCGCGGAUAGUCUCGAUGCGCGGGUGUUGAUGCAGAAGUCUUACUUCAGGGUGGACAAUGAGCAUGUCACCCCCGCAAAGACGUGGCCGAGUCCCAAUAUGAAGAAGGUCCUCGUUGCCUCUUCAAUUCAGUCUAAUUGGAGACACUCGUACUAUGGGAAAUACUGGAUCUUUGAUGUGGAGACCCAGACGGCUGAGCCGCUGGAUCCUAGUGACUUGAGUGACCGAGUGCAGCUGGCUGCUUGGUCGCCCCAGUCGGAUGCUGUGGUCUUUGUUCGGGAGAAUAACCUGUACUUGCGCAAGCUUUCCUCUUCCCAGGUUGUUCCUAUUACCACAGACGGUGAUAAGGAUCUUUUCUACGGAGUUCCGGAUUGGGUGUACGAGGAGGAGGUCUUCUCAGGCAACUCGGGAACUUGGUGGGAUAAAGAAGGCAAGUUCCUGGCUUUCUUGCGAACGGAAGAAGCUGCGGUGCCUGAAUAUCCUAUCCAGUAUUACCUGUCCCGUCCCUCAGGCAAACAGCCACUUCCUGGACUCGAGAAUUACCCCGAGGUUCGACAGAUCAAGUACCCCAAGCCUGGCAGUCCGAAUCCCGUGGUGCAUUUGCAGUUCUAUGAUGUCGAGAAAGCAGAGGUCUUCUCAAUUACUAUGCCGGAUGAUUUCAAAGACAAUAAUCGUAUCAUCAUUGAAGUCGUUUGGGCUUCCGAUGGAAAGGUUCUUAUCCGAGAGACCAACAGAGAGAGUGACGUUGUCAAGAUUUUCUUGGUAGACACCAAGGACAGAUCUAGCAAACUUGUUCGAUCCGAAGACAUCGCUGGUCUCGAUGGUGGCUGGGUUGAACCUUCGCAGUCCACGCGCUUCAUCCCUGCCGACCGUGAGAACGGACGACCGGAGGAUGGCUACAUUGAUACUGUGAUCUAUGAAGGCUAUGACCACCUGGCUUACUUCUCCCCUCUUGAUAGCUCGACGCCUGUCAUGCUUACCAAGGGAGACUGGGAGGUGGUAGCUGCACCCUCUGCUGUUGAUUUGAAGAAUAACCUUGUGUAUUUUGUUGCAACAAAGGAGGCACCAACUCAGCGCCAUGUAUACCUCCAAGCCUGGAUACUAUCAAAUCUCGUUUUCCCAUGGCACCGGCUAUGCCCUUCUCAGCUCGAAGGGACCCGCCGUCCCUGGCAAGCCAUUAUCAACACAGAGGGUGACGAGGUUCAAUAUGAAGCUGUUAUCGAGGAGAACACCCGCCUUACCCAGAUGGUUGAGCAAUACGCCCUCCCCGCCGAGAUCUAUACCAACGUGACAAUCGAUGGCUACACCCUUCAAGUCCUAGAGCGUCGACCUCCACACUUCAACCCCGCUAAGAAGUACCCUGUUCUCUUCUAUAUGUACGCCGGACCCGGCUCCCAGACUGUCGACCGCAAAUUUACCGUCGAUUUUCAAUCAUACAUUGCUUCCAGCUUGGGAUACAUUGUCGUGACGGUCGAUGGUCGCGGAACAGGAUACAUCGGGCGAAAAGCACGGUGCAUCAUCCGUGGUAAUCUCGGCCACUAUGAAGCACACGACCAGAUUGAGGCGGCUAAGAUCUAUGCGAGCAAGAGCUACGUGGAUAAAAGUCGUAUGGCGAUUUGGGGCUGGAGUUUCGGUGGCUUUAUGACAUUGAAGGUCCUCGAGCUAGAUGCAGGUCAAACAUUUCAAUACGGAAUGGCUGUUGCACCAGUCACAGAUUGGAGAUUCUAUGACUCCAUCUACACUGAGCGCUAUAUGCACACACCUCACCAUAAUCCAUCCGGCUACGAGAACGCAACAAUCACAGAUGUCCAAUCCCUCGGUCAGAACGUUCGAUUCCUCAUCAUGCACGGAAACGCAGACGACAACGUACAUCUCCAGAAUACGCUCACCCUCAUCGAUAGGCUGGACUUUGGCAAUAUCGAUAACUACGAUAUGCAAAUCUUCCCUGAUUCAGAUCAUAGUAUUAUUUUCCAUAAUGCACAGACCAUGGUAUAUGAACGUCUCUCGAGCUGGCUCAUUAAUGCGUUCAAUGGCGAGUGGCAUCGUAUCGCGAAUCCAAAGCCCGAGGAGGAUUCUGUAUGGAAUAGAGCUAGACGGUCUUUGUCACUUGGCAUCCUUUGA